AUGGUGACACCCGCCACCAAGACGGAAUUCGGAGACUACCAAGUCAAUGCCGCCAUGGGCUUGGCCAAAGCACUCAACCUCAGUCCCCGCGAAUGCGCCGCACAAAUCGUCAAAGCCCUGCAACCCAAAAUUCAAUCGUUCAUGGAAGAGCCGGAAAUUGCCGGCCCGGGAUUCGUCAAUUUGCGCUUUCGAACAUCGUACUUGACGCAGGCCGUCUCGAGCAUGGCUGGGGACGCUCAAGGGCGUUUGGCGGUUCCCCGCACGGCGCAAACACAAAAAAUUGUCGUCGACUUUUCGUCCCCCAACAUUGCCAAAGAAAUGCACGUGGGCCAUUUGCGAUCCACCAUUAUUGGUGAUACCCUGUGCAACGUCCUUGAGUUCGCUGGACACGAAGUGACCAGACUUAAUCACGUCGGCGAUUGGGGAACACAGUUUGGUAUGCUGGUUGAGCAUUUGCGGGACGAGUAUCCGGCAGCGCUGCGAUCAGACACCGCCGACGAUGUGGAUCUGGGAGACUUGGUGCAACUUUACAAGGCAGCCAAGAAACGUUUCGACGAAGACGAUGAAUUCAAGACGCGAGCACGCGAAGGGGUCGUGAAGCUGCAAGCGGGAAACGAAGAGGAGCUGGCCGCCUGGGAGUCCUUGUGCGCAGCGAGUCGCAAGGAAUAUCAAAAGAUUUACGAUCGCCUACAAAUUGAAGGCCUGGUUGAGCGAGGCGAGUCGUUUUACAAUCCGUUUCUGAAGGACGUCGUCGACGAACUUGUCGAAAAGGGUUUGGCCGUCGAGAGUGACGGAGCCUUAGUGGUAUAUCUGGAAGGAUACACCAAUCGUGACGGUUCUCCGUUGCCCAUGAUUGUGCGCAAAUCCGAUGGUGGCUUUAAUUACGCAACCACCGAUCUGGCGGCCAUGCGACACCGUACGUUGAUGCCCCGAGCAGAGUCGGGAGAAAGAGCAGACCGGGUCCUCUACGUCACGGAUGCGGGACAGGCACAACAUUUCGAAAUGGUGUUUGAAGCCGGAAAAGUUGCCGGAUUCUGUAGGGAGGGUGCUUCCCUGGAACAUGUACCCUUUGGCCUAGUCCAAGGGGAAGAUGGCAAGAAAUUUGCCACCAGGUCCGGUGAGACUGUCAAGCUAAAGGAUCUUCUGGACGAAGCUGUCCGGAUUUCUGGUGCGGAUUUGAAGAAGCGCAACGAAAACGUCGAUCAGGAAUUCCUGGACCGUGUGGACAAUGUCGCGCGUAUUGUAGGUAUCGGUGCUGUGAAAUAUGCCGAUCUUUCCAUGAAUCGCGAGUCGAAUUACCGCUUCAGCUACGAUCGCAUGCUGAGUCUGAACGGGAACACUGCCCCAUACAUGCUCUACGCCUACGCCCGUGUAUGUGGUAUCAUCCGCAAGGCCAGUGGGCAAGAAGGAACCGGGGCCAUUGAUUGGCCAAAGGCUUCCGAAAUAAUGAUCACGCACGAGUCUGAGUUGGAGUUAAUACGGAAUCUAGUCAAGUUACCCGACGUGUUGAACGAAGUUGAACGAGAACUGUAUCCAAACAGAAUGUGUGACUAUCUUUUCGAGACGUCACAAAAGUUUAAUCAAUUUUACGAGAGUUGCUCGGUCAACAAAGCGGAAAGCGAAGAGAUCAAAGCAAGUCGUCUUUCCCUGUGUACAGCAACUGCGGGCACUAUUCGCUUACUUUUGACUUUGCUCGGCAUCGAAACAUUGGAAAAAAUGUAG